AGAGGAGGAACAUGUGGAGGACAAGGAAUGGAGGAGGAGGAGGAGGAGGGGAACAAACCAGCUUUAUAAACCACCCACCGUCUCCCUGAACUCAUUUCCAGUCAUUUUUGUUAACACACACAUACACACACAUAUUCACACACAUAUACACACACACACACACGCGUGCACACACACACACACACACACACACACACACCUUGUAGGAUUAUGGCCUCUGCAGUGACUGGGAAUGGGCUUCCGAGUGGGUGUAAGAUUUUCAUCAGUAUGCCUGACAUCCUCUUCAUCCCAGAAUUUGUUUUCGGCGGUCUGACGUGGUGUCUGGUGGCUUCCACUCGAGUGGAUCCAGCCAAUCCUCUGGGCUGGGUGAUGAGCGUCUCCAUCUUCUGCUUCGUCUUAACCACGGUGUGGUUCUUCAUCUUCCUCAGCGGAGGAAACCAGAGCAGUUGGUGGCCCGGCCUGGACGCUGGGUAUCAUUUUAUCGCUGUACUUUUCUACCUGAGCUCAUCAGUAGCUUUGGCUUACGUCACACUCGAUUACAAGAGGAGAUUAACUCAAGGAGAAAAAGUUUUAAAGACGUAUCAGGAGGACAUCGCUGCUGUGGUGAUGUCUUACAUAGCCACGCUGCUCUACUUCCUUCAUGCCAUCUUCUCUGCGCUCCGGUGGAAAUCAUCCUGAAGAGCAAACAUCAAAAAAAAUAAACUGUCUUCACCUCAAAACCCCAAAUCCUAAAUUAAAUCUGAUAAAAAAAAUAAAAUUAAAAUAAGGGUUAGGGUUAGGUUAAUAUAUAUAAAAAAUAUAUCCAUCCAUCCAUUAUCUGUAGCCGCUUUAUCCUGUUCUACAGGGUCACGGGCAGCUGGAUCCUAUCCCAGCUGACUACGGGCGAAAGGCGGGGUUCACCCUGGACAAGUCGCCAGGUCAUCACAGGGCUGACACAUAGACACAGACAACCACUCACACUCACAUUCACACCUACGCUCAAUUUAGAGUCACCAGUUAACCUAACCUGCAUGUCUUUGGACUGUGGGGGAAACCGGAGCACCCGGAGGAAACCCACGCGGACACGGGGAGAACAUGCAAACUCCGCACAGAAAGGCCCUCGCCGGCCACGGGGCUCGAACCCGGACCUUCUUGCUGUGAGGCGACAGUGAUCACCACUACACCACCAUGCCACCCUUAUAAAUAAAAAAUAAAUAAAACAAUUCCUGUUCCCCCCAAAAAUUCAAAUAAAUAAAUAAAAUAAAGUACCCCAGUAGGGGGCAGUAAUCAUAACUGACACUUUAGUUUCCUGCUGAUGACCAGAAGGUUGUGAGAUCAAAUCCCACAGUUUGCCAAAGUGCCACUUUUAAUUCUUCUUUAAUAACCUCCGGUUUCCUUUCAAAGGUGGGAUUCUGUAAAAAAAAAAAAAUCUUAACAUUAAAUAAAGUUAUAUAAACAUACAAAGACAAAAAAAACAUUGUAUCUGAUUUUUUUUGGAGAUUACUGCGUGCAAAUUUCAUUCAUUUUAUUAAAUUGUUUCUGAUUUUGUUCCACUGUUUUAACUUUAUAAACAUGUCAGAGAGCGAGGCCACGCCCGACUCAGCAGAUCCACAAUUGCAGUUUAUACAACGGACAGAUCCACAGAAUUCUGAUUCUUAUUUACUCAUGAGUUGUUUUCUUUGUGUUAUUUUCUUUAGCGUCUGUUUGCUGAAUUGUUCUGAUCUCAGAUUCUGUAAAUACAGCUUUAAGAACACGUUCACAUUGGAGUCAGAAACCGUUGAACAAACGGACAACUCUGAUGAGUGAAUCCAUUUUAUACACAAAUCUGACCUUAAUUUGGUGAAAGAGAGAGAGAGAGAGAGAGAGAGAGAGCACUCUGUA